AUGAACAACUUCAUCCAACAUGCUCUAUACUGGUACUGGAACUUGGUGUUAACACUAUUUUUUACACUCAUCUUCAGAUACGUCUUAAGAUCAAAACUGACCGAAGAUACGAACACAUUUCCAACACCGAAAGGCUUGAAAUACUAUCCACUUUUGGGACAUUCUCUGACCUUCCUAGGAGACACCGAGUAUAUUUUCAAUACGCUUCUCCAAGUGGCAAGUAAUAACAAUCAUCCGGUCAGGGUUCAAAUCUUGCACAAGACUUACUAUACUGUGAUGCAUCCGCAUCACAUGGAAGUUGUCUUGAAUAGUCCGAAGUGUUUGGAGAAAGACGCGCUGUAUAAGUAUACAAUUCCGUUGAUCGGAUACGGAUUGUUCAAUAUGCCAGUGGGGAUUUGGAGGGUUCACAGGAAACACAUAAUGCCGACGUUCAAUCAAAAGAUUUUGGACAGUUUCGUCGAUAUCUUUGCAGAACAAUCGAAUUUGUUGGCUCAAAUCCUUGAAAGGAAAGUUGGGAUUUACUUUGAUGUUGAGGAGUACGUGGCGAAGUGCACUCUGGAAUGCGUAGCUCAAACAGCCAUGGGAGUGACAACUAACAUCCAGACGAGUGAUUGCGAAAUCGUUGAAUACGUGAACAAAGGCAUGGAUUUGCUUACGCUGCGUAUGUACAACGUGGUGCAUCGAUCUGAUUUGAUCUUUCACUUGAGCAAGCACGGAAAGCAGGAAGAAAAGGUCAUCUCAGGAUUUUACAACUUCAUCCAACAGAUUUUUAAGGAGAAACGGGAAUUAUACCGGGAAAUGUUGAAGCAGAAGCACGGAGAAGCCAAUAUCGAAGAGGUUUCUAAAAGGAAAGCUUUCUUGGAAUAUCUCAUGGAGUUAUCUGAAUCUGAAGGAAAAUUCACCGAAGAUGAAAUCAUCAACGAAGUGCAAACGUUCAUGAUUGCUGGUUCGGACACCUCCGGCACAGUUGUUGGAUUCGUUUUGCUCUGCUUGGGAAUUUACCCUGAAAUCCAAAAAAAAGUUUACGAAGAAGUUUUCGAUAUACUCGGACGCGAUCGCAGCUUAAAAUCCGACGAUCUUCCGCAUCUCAAGUACUUGGAAAAAGUUGUUAAAGAGACGAUGCGUUUGUUUCCCAUCGGUCCGUUCAUCUUGCGACAGGUUUCCGAAGAUUUACCAUUAGCAAAUAAAGUGUUGCCAAAGGGAAGUGGUGUGGUUCUUUGUAUUUACAGUUUACAUAGAAGUCCUGAGUAUUAUAAAGAUCCUUUAGAAUUCAAACCUGAACGCUUUAAUCCUGAAGAAUCUUCGAAGAGGCAUCCGUAUGCGUAUCUGGCGUUUUCUGGAGGUCCCAGGAAUUGCGCUGGUCCAAAGUUUGGAAUUAUGUUGGUUAAAACGAUCGUGGCUACUUUGAUAAGAAAAUACCACGUGGAAACAACUUACAAGAGGCACGAAGAUAUUCGCAUGAAACAAUCGCUUCUACUGAAAACCGUGCUCGGCUAUCCUGUUAAAUUAAUUCCAAGAGAUAAUUAG